UUGCGGCCGCUAGGCGGCGCCUUCAGUUUUUUCGCACACCUCUUUCGUCGCCAGAUGACGUGUUGAUUUCCCGGCAUUCUGUCGUUGUCAGGUCCUUCCUGUGUGUCCGCCAUUAGAGAGAGCAGACAUGGCGAUCAGGUAUCCUAUGGCCGUUGGCCUUAACAAAGGCCACCCUACCACCAAGAAUGUGAUGAAGCCCAGACAGAGCCGUAGAAGAGGGCGCCUGACCAAGCACACCAAGUUCGUUCGGGACAUGAUCCGCGAGGUGUGUGGCUUCGCCCCCUACGAGAGACGCGCCAUGGAGCUGCUGAAGGUCUCCAAGGAUAAGCGCGCCCUCAAGUUCAUCAAGAAAAGGGUCGGAACUCACAUCCGUGCCAAGAGAAAGAGGGAGGAGCUCAGCAACGUCCUGGCUGCCAUGAGAAAGGCUGCCGCCAAGAAGGAUUAGCCUCUGUAACGUUGAUAUCAGAAAUAAAAAUAUUUGUAAAAACCA